CCCUUCCGACACGCUCCUCCCCAUUGCUUCUUUGGUCCGUAGCUCAUUACAUUCAAAGCACAUAGCCGUACGGACAGAGGAAGAGGGAGGAGGGAACAUGAGUUCUCCUUCUUCUUCUUCUCCUCAUCGAGUUCGCACUGGCAACAGUCCAAACGGGGAGGAGAGACCCAGAUUCUUCGAUUCCAAAGCCAAGACCCUGUGCUGGGAAAAGGCCGAAACGGUCCCGGGUCGACACCCGGAGAGGUGGCGUAAGGACGCCGCUGGCAACAUCGUCUGCAAGCGCUUCUGCAACUGCAAAGGUUGCCUCUGCUUCGAAUACGACCACAUUCUUCCAUUCUCCAAAGGUGGUGAAUCCACGGUGGAGAAUUGUCAGAUUCUUCAAACUAGGGUAAACAGGCUUAAAUCAGCCAAGGAACAAGUGGAUGCAACUCAGUUGAAAGGUUACUCUUGUGAUAUUCAGUUUACUGAUAAGGAGCUCGAUAUAAUUGAAAUGGCUGUGUAUGGUGAUGUGGUGCGGCCAGGAAACCAAUGUCGUUGCAGAACUGUUGCUGAAAUGCUGGGUCAGUUCAAGUCAAAAGAUCGCAUGGCUGCUUGCAAAUUACCAUAUGAGAAUGAAUCACAAUAAUCAAUAGCAACAGGGGUUGUAAGAUACUGUCCAUGAGCCCUUGGUUUAAUUUGGAUUCAUUUAUUGAUUUCUUUACGCAAUCUAGCUUAAAAUGCAUAUCUUGAUAUGUUCUGAUUAGCAGAUUGCUUGCUGAUCAACUUGAGAAUGCCACCUGACCCUCAUCAAUUUGGUAGUAUGUCAAUUUUGAUUAAAGGUGUUUGGAAGAAGGUUUUGUUGGUCCAAUACAAAUUAAGACUGAUGCAUUAGCUAUCAUAAUUGUUUGGAGUUUUCGGUGGAGAUUGGCUAGCUUGACUUAGCCUGUACCAGUCAACUUUAUUUUUUCUUGCAUACACCAUUUAAGUUGCAAUAAGCAUACAACUAGAUUUAGCGCCAUAAAAUUAUGGUUGGCUGGUCUCUUGUGUAUUAUUUCACUUGGUACGGGCAUGUCAAGCAUGUGGACUGCAAUGGUGAAACUCUGGUUUGCUUUUCAGCUUCUUCAAGUCAUCAUGGUUCUCUCCACCAAUUUGGGAGUCUUCAUGUAAUGCUAGAAACAUGGACCGGGACUGCAUCUGUUUUCGGUAGUGUUUGAUGUGACUGGCAUUUAUUCUUGCUGAUAACAUGUUAUGAAGUCAUUAGCGUUUAGCACCA